UCUCUUUCAAUGCCCUGCACGAUUCAAUCUUUUACUGCUUCAGAUCAAGAACACAACAAUGAAAUCGACAAAUAGGCUUGUUUGAUUGUUCGAGGACCAGAAGUGAUUGGCUGGUUUUAGCGAAGAAAAGACAAGAACAAUUAGGUCAGAUCAUUAUUGUGCUUGUUGAUUUUGAUAUGCGCCAAUGGCAGUGGCGAUGGAAGAGUAAGCUUUAAGUUUCGCCUCUUGGCCUGUGUUCUUCCUCGAUCGCUGAGCGGGCGGAUCGAAAGCGAUGGAUUGGUAGAUCCACCACAAAGGCAUCGCAUCGAGUUGGGAUUUUGCGGUAGGGUUUUUGGGAGAUGAUGGCCAGAAGGUGGGCGGAUGUGCUUCCGAAUUGGUUGGUCGGUGAGGAUGGUGAUGGUAGGAACGGGAAGUGGACGCCGGAGGAAAACAAGCUGUUCGAGGACGCCCUGGCUGAGUUCGACGCCGACGUGCCCGACCGGUGGGAAAAGGUGGCGGCUUUGAUCCCCGGGAAGACGAUCGGCGACGUGGUCAGCCAUUACCGGGAGUUGGUCGACGACGUGAGCGACAUCGAGGCCGGCCGCUUCCCCUGCCCUCUCUUCUCCGGCGCCGCUUCUUCGUCUUUUACCUUGAACUGGGAGAGGCAUUAUGAACCCUACUUCGUCGCCGGCAAGCGAUCCGGUGGCAGAGGAUCCGAUCAGGAGAGGAAGAAAGGAGUUCCCUGGACUGAACAGGAGCACAGGUUGUUUUUGCUUGGCCUAAAGAAGUAUGGCAAAGGCGAUUGGAGAAACAUAUCGCGCAAUUUCGUCGUCACCAGGACCCCUACACAAGUGGCCAGCCACGCGCAAAAGUACUUCAUCCGGCUCAACUCCGGCAGCAAAGACAAGAAGAGGUCGAGCAUACACGACAUCACUACCGUGGACUUGCCCGAUAACACUAGGCCUCCCUCACCAUCAUCUCAGCCAUCUACUACUAUCACCACACCGACUUUGUCGAGCCAAUUCUCUACCGUUGUCGAUUCAGAUCAGCUCGGUGAAGUAGCAAGUCAUCCAUCGAGCAAUCAGUUUGUGCAGACUCAGUUCAGAACACAACCUCAGAGUUCUAAGACUGAAUGAAAUCUGAACUUCCAAAGGCUGAUGAGAAUGCACAUUCAACUUCUACAUCUCGUCUUGUCGCCGAAGAUUAUACUUCUACAUCGAGCAACACUGUCUUGGUGAAUAUGGCUACUAUGGAUUGGUGGUUUUCUUUGUGUGCUAUGAACACAUCUUGUUUAUUUGCUGAUGGAAGAGCCUGCGAAGAGUCAAAGUCUGGUGAAAUCUGGUUAAGAGUCAAGCCAUUGACCAACUUCUUGUCUUUGGAUUCUCUCCUCUAUGUAUCAUCCAUUUCAGUUCAUUGAUGGAAGAAUGCAUUCAUAUUUCAGAAUAUUUCAGAACAA